UCGGUAUUUAAAGUCUCAAAUAAACACCUUCAUCAAUAAAGUCUAUCUCUCUCGCUCUCUCUCUCUCUCUCCCACACGACGCAAUGAAGAAGCUCUACAAGAAAGGAACUGUACACCCCUCGCCGCAGACAAAAUCCGAUGACCAACUUCUUUCUCUCCUUCCCUUUGCCAUCUUCUCCCUAGCGGCAGUGCUCUCACCUGAUGACCGUGAAGUCUUGGCCUAUCUCAUAUCAACAGCCUCUUACUCCAGCGACCGGGACUUCACCUCCCGUCUGAAUAAGACCAAUCCCCACAAAACUUCCCAUUUAGACAACCACACGCCUCUCUUCCACUGCGACUGUUUCAGCUGCUACACGAGCUACUGGGUCAGAUGGGACUUGUCACCUAGUCGCCAGCUGAUUCAUGAAAUCAUCGACGCAUAUGAAGACAGCUUGGAGAAGAAAAAGAAGCAAACGAAAAAGAAGAAGAACGUAACUGGGAAGAAAGACCGGAGAAAGCGUUCAGCGAAGUCUUCAGUUCUUGCUGGUUCUAGCUUUGGUCCGAACGAUUCUGAGAUUCCUAGACAACUCAAUGAGUCCACUGCAAGUUCUAGCGAGUUGGUUGAUGGUGCUGGUAGUUGCAACCGCGGUUUUGAAUCUACGGACGAGUUCCAUAAGGGUACUGAAGAGGCGGAGGAGGAGGAGAAGGGGCCCGUGAGGAGGUUUGUGAGUUUCAUUGGUGAGAAAGUUUUUGGUGUUUGGGGAUAAGAAAAGUUUACUGAAAGAAUUACAAGAAAUAAGAAGUAUAAAAGUUUUUUUUUCAUGUUUAUUCAAUUUGAUCUUUCAAGGACAAACAUGUUUUGAUUACCUAAAGUUUUCAUGUGUAAGCAUUAACUGUAGAAUAAUGCGACAAAAAUUAUAUGUAUUAUAACAUCUUGAUUACAUCUAAAAGGUAAUUAGUAUAGUUGCACGUAUUCAAUACGUUUGUAUGUAUACUACUUACAUAUUGUGACCAC